AUGGGGCGCCGGAAAUUGUCUGAGUUGUCCAACAAUGAGGAUGAUGAAGUCAACACCCAGUCCGAAGAUGUUUAUUACGACCGCCGUAACUCCCAAGGAGAAGAAGACGAGGACGAAGAUGUUAAUCCCAGAGAAUUAGACAUUGACGCUGACAAUGACUUAGACAUGGAAGAUUGGCCCAGACCUCCAGCUAGGACAGCUCAGAAACAAACUGUCCGGCUUGCUCUUGCUUCAGUUAAUCAAAAUCCUGUUCCGCGCAUAACAAGACAGACAAAAAAAACAAAAAUGCAGCAGGAUACUGUUAGUACUACUGAAAUACAACGGCUUAAGGAGAAGACAACACAGCUUCGAAAGCAGCUUGCAAUUGCCAAUUGUAUUAUAGAAGGCAAAUCUCGCAAGGCGCGAGAAAAUCCCAUUUCUGCAGAAGAAUUUGAAGGGCCUGAAAGUGAAGAAGAUACACAAAUGAUGUAUUCCACUGUGGCAACACCUCUUCCAAGCAUGUCAACUCCGAAGGCUCCUCAAAUCAACCUCAAUAGGUUGCUGUCCACCAGGAAAGUCAGCGGAAAAAAACCUGCCUUGCAGAAUACCUUUCAGAACAUUAUCAUCCCCGGUGAUGUGACAUUGUCUCCAACAUCUGAAAAUAGCUCAAUGCUGGUGUCUGGCUCAAGUGCACCUACCACAUCUGCAAGUUCUCGUCUUACAACCUCAAUUACAACGACCAUAGACACAAAUACAGGUUCUUGUGUUACCGGUUCUCAAGCAGGUUCGCAAAUGGGUGUUGUGCCUGAACUGUCUGCGGCUCUCCCACUCCGUGCCAACUGGCAGCCAGGUGCACGAGCAAAAACUGCCGAUUACACUGCCGAAGGUGAAGCUAUCCUUCUUCGUGCAAUGCGAGAUUUCGAAGCCCGCAUUGUUGGGCAGGACUUCUUUCCCAACCGGACUACUCGUCUCCAAUGGGCGGAAAAGUGUUUCCGAAAUGCAUGUGCCACUGCAAAGGCUCAGUUCAUAUCUGAUAAAUGUGUCCUCAAAUUGAUUGCCGCUCGCAGUAGUAGGAUACGUGGUCAAGUCUACAAAUGGAUCCGAGCGAAUAUCAUAUUAUGCUACAAAUUUGAUGUGACUGUUGGGAAACGUGCGGUCAAGCAGAAUAUUGCUUUGAGUCGAUUACUUUCGAGCCGUAACUUCUCUGGUUUCUCAUACAAGGUUGCCCGUACACUCUAUAUCUUCAAUGAAAGCAACAUGGGUAUGGUGUUUGAAAAGUACUUCAAUCCGAUAUUGUUGCAAACACUGGCAUCAUUGUUCACCAUGAUUCGGGCUGCUAUUUCGGAAUGGUCCAGUGGAACAUGCAACAAGAUCAAGAAAUUUAGUGAGGAGGAGUACGACAAAUAUUACAAAGCCUACCUUAUUGAUCUUGCAAAGUGGGAUGGCAUGAACCCAGCAGUGAGUCUCAACAUCCGUCACCAAAUGUAUGCAAAGGCUCGGAUCAGGAUGCGUGAGGAGUCAUCGGAUGACUCUACUGUCCACAUCUUUGGCAGUAUUGAGGCACAGCUCCGUCAAGAAAUGGAGGCCCGCACUGGAGACACUGAGUCUGAGCCUGAGGAUAGUGAGAUAGAUGACGACAACGAUGAAGAUGACUGUGGUGGCGGUAUUGAAGCAUAA